UCGGCACGGGCGUGGACGUAAACCAACGCCAGAUUCUGGUCGCCACGCUUGGCAGUUGGCAAGCAGCGAGUGGGGGGAGACAGCCAACUCUCUAUCCUCUUCCCCCCUCGUCCAUCCCCAUCCCACCGCCUUGCUCUCCCCUCUCCACUUCCAGCUGUCCAUGGCUGCAGCAGCGUGCUCCUCUGCCUCGCCGCUCCUCCUCCCCUCAGGGCCGAGACAUGCGUCGGCCUCCAGGGCGUGGUUUCUCGGCGGCAGGAGCAGGGCGCUGAGAUCAGAGGCGCCGUGCUGCUGCAAGGCCGCCGCCGCCCGUGGAAGCGCUCCGCAAUGCGGGACGGUCGGUGGUGGCAGCAGCAGCACCCGGAGGGGGCUGCUAGGCGUGGCCCUGGGAGCCUCUGCCUUGGGGCUGGCCGCGUUUGACGCCGUCGCCGCCGGGUUGCCGCCGGAGGAGAAGCCCAAGCUCUGCGACGCCGCCUGCGAAGGCGAGCUCGAAAAUGUGCCUAUGGUAACUACAGAAUCCGGACUGCAGUACAAGGAUAUCAAAGUGGGCGAAGGGCCUAGCCCACCCGUUGGUUUCCAGGUUGCAGCAAAUUAUGUUGCUAUGGUGCCAACUGGGCAGAUAUUCGACAGUUCGCUGGAGAAAGGUCAGCCCUACAUAUUCCGUGUUGGAUCAGGGCAGGUGAUCAAGGGGCUUGAUGAGGGAAUUUUGUCGAUGAAGGUUGGAGGACUACGUCGGCUGUACAUACCUGGGCCAUUAGCGUUCCCUAAGGGUCUUACUUCUGCUCCUGGAAGGCCAAGAGUACCCCCAAGCAGCCCUGUCGUUUUCGACGUCAAUUUACUGUACAUACCAGGUCUCGAUGAUGAGUGAAGGCAUUCUGUGGCAACAGUCAUCUUUUUUUGUAUACUUCAUUCGAGAGCAACAUACUGUACAUCUAGAGCACAAUUCUUUCAAGCUAUAAAAUCUAUGCGAAUAUCUAUGUUAACCACAUCAUAAACUCUCAA